ACUCAACAGAUGAUGAUGCGUUUACAGACCUGAGGACAUCUGGAUCAGUGAUGAAGAAAAUAUAUAAGGAAUGCCAAAAAAUUAAAUUAAAAUAGGAAUUAUAUAAGGAGGGCAGCUCUUAAAAAACCUUUCUAAAGUCUGACAAAACUUUCCCACAAACAUGGAUCUGUUACCGGCUCAGGAGGCUGCAAAAAUCUACCACACCAACUACGUGAGAAACUCGCGCGCCAUCGGCGUAAUGUGGGCCGUGUUUACCAUCUGCUUUGUCAUCAUCACCGUGGUGGUCUUCAUCCAGCCCUUCUGGAUCGGGGACAGUGUCAACACCCCUCAGGCGGGCUACUUCGGCCUCUUCCACUACUGCAUCGGUAACGCGCUCACCUCCGAGCUCACCUGUAAAGGCAGCGUGUUUGAUUUCAACUCCAUCCCAUCCCCGGCCUUCAGGACUGCCAUGUUCUUCGUGGGGACCUCCAUGCUGCUCAUCGUGGGCACCAUGGUCUGCUUCAGCCUGUUCUUCUUCUGCAAUGCGGGGAACGUGUACAAGAUCUGCGCGUGGAUGCAGCUGGCCGCAGGUGAGCAACACGAGGGUCAUAGUUUUACAGUUUAGAAGUUGCUCACUGUGGCACUUCAACUUCUUUAAACUUAUGCGCCAUUACUGUCAGUGAAAAGUUAGUCUCUUUAGAUUAGUUCGAUGUAAAACUUUGACUCACUGAGUCUAAACUCUUGGCUUUGAGUCUGGAAAUGUUCCUGUGAACUUCUACAUGAAGGGUCAUCUUGGAUACCUCAGUGUCAGGCUCCUCACUGUCGCUGGAGCUGCUGGUUAAGGGUCAAAGAUGUGAUGGCUAUUCAUGUCAAAGCUAUGGCUGAAAUCUUGAAUUGAAUUGAAUUGAAUUGAAAUGGGUAUUUUGAAAAUGUAAAAAAGGAAAGAGAGGGAGGGAGAGAAAAAAUACUGGAAAAGUAAGGCCAAAAGAUAAGAGGAAGAAACACAGAAACACUUUAAGAUUGGGUUUUCAUACACUAACAGGAGUGGGAAGAAAAAAAUAUAUAUUACAAAUAAGGGUAACACUUUAUUUGACACCUAUCUCUAUAACGCAUUAGAAAUAUAUGUAUACUGUGUUAUAAUCACGUUAUAGCACUGUAUAACUAUAGUUACAAACAUUCAUUAAUGAUCAUAAUGCAAUAAUCAGAAUACAUUAAAAAGUAUUUUAUCAUGACUUACAAGGUCAGAUAUUAUAAUGUGUUAUAACUGUUAACAACUCACUGACAAUGCCCACAUAGAUAAUGCAAUGCAUAUGCUGUUAACAGUUAUAACACAUUAUAAUACCUGACCUUCUAAGUCAUGAUAAAAUGCUUUAUAAUGUGUUAUGAUUAUUGCUAUAAAGCAUUAUGAUUGUUUAUGAGUGUUUAUAACUAAGUUUUACAGUUCUAUAAUGUGAUUAUAAUGCUUUAUAAAUAUAUUUAUACUUUACGUUAUAGAGAUAGGCAUCAAAUAAAGUGUUACCCAAAUAAUUAUACAUUAAUUCAUUUCUUAAUCUUAUGUCCAUAAUCUUCUGACUGUCAACAAUCUCUAUCCUUGAAUCAGAUAUGAAUUAAUUGCAAAAUAUCUAGUCUUCACUUCACCAUCUGAGCGUACAAAGCUUUGAAAUAAAGCUUUUUGAGUCAGAGAACUGAGUGGGACUCGCCUCUCUGCUGUGAGUGUGAAAUGAUAAACUCCUCCUGUCAUUAGCCACCUUCUUUCCUCUCUGGUUUCAGGCGUGAUGUGUUUGAACUGGAUGUGUUGUUCAUCACUGUGGGAGCCAAUAAAGGAUACAGUUUCAGCUGACACUCUGACACCUCUGAUGGUGGAUUAUUUACACGUAACACAAUCAGGUGUUGCUGUGUUGUUAACUGAUCUGGUCUUGCACCUGACAUAUAACAGGGCCGAAGGAAACUGGCCACAUAAUAAAGGCUUGCAUAACUAAUGGUGGAAGAAAUAUUCCUCUAACAUAGAGUACCUGUCUGAACAAUAUACUAAUAUCAUAUAAUAUACUGGCCAGGCUUAACACUAUUCAUAAAAAAGAUUUUUUAAAUCCUAGGAAACUGUUCAGCAUUUCCUUAUAAUGACUAAUUUAAGUGUCCUUCCACCUCCACAGCUGCGUUGAUGGUGAUGGGCUGUAUGAUCUACCCAGACGGCUGGGACGCUCCAGAGGUGAAGAGAAUGUGUGGUCAGAGGACAGAUAAGUACAGCCUGGGAAACUGCACGGUACGCUGGGCCUACAUUCUGGCCAUCAUCAGCAUCCUGGACGCGCUUCUCUUGGCACUUUUGUCCUUCACCCUUGGCAACCGGCAGGACAAACUGCUGCCAGACGACUUUGAGGUGGAGGGAGCCGGUAAGAGUUAAUGCAAACAUGUAGAGGCCAAAGUAAGCAAGUGAUUGUUUCUGCUGUGAUGUUUAGAGUAGAGUCAGACUGCAACUAAUUAAAAGAAGGUGGAAAUAAACAAAUAAGCCUGACUGAAAGGCUGACACACAAGCUGCCCUACAUCAAAAGUCUCAGCCUCCUUAAGGCAGUGCUUUGGCUUUUGAACAACCAAGCCUCAGUGUGAUGAGAAGACCACAAAAGAUCUGAACAGUGACUUCAUCAGAUAGUUUUUUUGACAAUGACAAACGUCUCAAGUUCAACAUUUCAGCAAAAAGCAGUCAGGAAGGUUUCAGGGAGGUCAGCUUUUCAUCACUUUUCUAGAACUUUAUGCCUUAUCACAGUGAAGACAGACGGAUUUCAUCUAGCAAAAAAUGUCUUUAAAAGGAUUUUGCAAUAUGCUGAAAUAUUCUCCUCAGGUUGUGUUUGGAGAGCCUGAGUAGUUCAGUUAGUAUGGAAAUAAUGGUUUGUUAUUUCUUUUCCCUCUUUGCCAUUUACUCGUUGCAGCUUCGAUAAAAUUCAAGUGUAGAGUCACUAAUGAUUUUUUACACUGAGUGUAUAAAUGCGUUUGAGAAUGAAGCAUUCAACAAAAUUACCAUAUAAUGUUUUAUGAAAAUUCACAAUUUCACAGCAGAUGCCCCCAAUGGAAAAAAUACACUGCUUUUUCAAAUGAAGCAAUGAGGAUAAAACAUCUGCUGGUUAAUACUCAUUAAAGUUAGUGUUUCUCUUUCACAGAAAACUCCUGAUGAACACAGACCUGAGGACUACGGCAUGAUGUUUAAAACCAACAUGCAACAUGAGGAAAUCUUCAUGGACCGACUGACGGCCUUCAUUUUCUACUUUGUCUGUUUUUAGUUUUGAUUUUCAUAAAGUGAACUAAGACGAUCUUUAGCACUUCCC